CGGCACUUCCAUUGUGAGCCUGACUUUAGACCUGUGAAUAACUGCUGCUGGACGGCUACGUUGUGAACCAUUGAGGACAUACCAAGUCCUUCUUUAUAGGUGUAACGGUGAAAGUGAUCAAGAAGUGAAACUGGGUUGGAGUUAUCCGUAGAGUUUAUCGCACAGUGUGGUCAUGUUGAUGAUGGUGGAGUAGUGCGAUAAAGGUUGUGCCGGCGGAGUGGGCGACGCCACUAUGGAUGCCUAGUCCGUCAUGGGAGAGUCUUCCCUGACCGACAAGACCACGCUGGAUCACGGAUAACAUGCCCAAGUGGUGGAGCUGCUGGAGGAGUGAGGGAGAAGCAGUGACCACCGCACAACACCAGCAAGAACAGCAGCUGCAGUACCAAACUCAGCACCAAGCAGAGGAUCCGACUGUAGCAAGCACAGUGAGCAGGGCGGCGGUCAUGUUCUGGCCUCAGCAGUAGACAAUGAGCGAGGAAUCUGAGUCCCUGAAUGAGGAGGAACGAAGUGUAUUUCGUCCAUUUACUCGGGAAAGUCUCGCUGCUAUAGAAAGUCGUGUUGCUGAGGAACAUGCUAAGAAGAAUGAAUUACAAAAGAAGAAGGAGGAGGGGGAGGUUGUCUACAAUGAAGAAGAUGAAGAUGAGGGACCCCAGGCCGACCCUAACAUGGAGCAGGGCAUGCCGCUCUCCAACCGCCUCCAGCAGAUGUUCCCUGAGGACCUCGUGGGCACACCCCUUGAGGACAUCGAUCCCUACUAUCACAACCAGAAGACCAUGGUGGUAAUCAGCAAGGGGAAAGACAUCUUUAGGUUCAGCUCUACCGACGCCAUGUGGAUACUUAGUCCAUUCAACUCGGUGCGCCGGACUGCUAUUUUCAUCCUCAUUCAUCCCCUCUUCAACUUCUUCAUCAUCUGCACCAUCCUGGCUAACUGUAUUCUCAUGAUCGUCCCGACCAGCGAGAUGAUAGAAUCUUCUGAAGUGGUUUUCACCGCCAUCUACACAUUUGAGUCGGGCGUGAAGGUGAUGGCAAGAGGCUUCAUAUUGGAAAGUUUCACAUAUCUACGAGACGCUUGGAACUGGCUGGACUUCACAGUUAUAUCCUUAGCAUAUUUGACAAUGGGCAUUGACCUGGGUAACCUGGCCGCCUUAAGGACAUUCCGUGUGUUGCGAGCUCUGAAGACUGUGGCCAUUGUCCCAGGUCUGAAGACGAUCGUGGGUGCUGUGAUAGAGUCAGUGAAGAAUCUACGAGAUGUGAUCAUUCUGACUAUAUUUUCUCUCUCCGUUUUUGCCUUACUUGGACUCCAGAUAUAUAUGGGAGUAUUGACCCAAAAGUGUAUCAGAAAGUUUGAUUUUACGAAAGAGAAUUGGACACACGAAGAUUACAACAACUUUAUGAAGAAUGAAUCCAAUUGGUACUUGGAGGCUGGCAAUAAGCCCUUAUGCGGCAACAGUAGUGGUGCAGGUCCUUGUCCGGCGGGGUUCAUCUGCCUACAGGGGUUCGGGGACAAUCCCAACUAUGGUUUUACCAAUUUUGACAGCUUCGGUUGGGCUUUCCUAUCAGCGUUCCGACUUAUGACACAGGACUAUUGGGAAAAUUUAUAUCAAUUGGUGCUACGUUCGGCUGGUCCUUGGCACAUUAUAUUCUUCGUGGUGAUUAUCUUCUUGGGGUCAUAUUACCUGGUGAACCUCAUCCUAGCCAUCGUCGCCAUGUCUUACGACCAGCUGCAGAAAAAGGCAGAAGAGGAGGAAGAAGCAGCCUUAGCAGAAGAAGAAGCACUCAGGGCUCAGGAGGUAGAGGCAGAUGAAGCGACUGAGGCGGCGCUGGCUCUGGCUAGAGGAGACCUUGACGGGGGUUCCAUAAUAAAGUCCCCGUCAGACUUCUCAUGUCACUCUUAUGAGCUGUAUGUAGACCAGGAUAAAGUCAACGACGACAACAGCAAGGAGAAGAUGUCCAUUAAGAGUGAAGGAGGAGAAUCCAUCCAUGAUAUCAAGGCACGUCCGAACGGAAAGCUGGCCACGGCGAGGAAGCCAAGCAUUAGUCUGCCAGGCUCCCCGUUUAACAUACGGAGAGGGUCCCGGGGUAGCCAUCAAUUCACCUGGCGGACCACAAAUGGCCGGCGCUUUGGUGACAAGAAGCCGCUGGUGCUGUCCACCUACCUGGACGCUCAAGAGCAUCUACCCUACGCCGACGACUCCGCCGCGGUCACGCCCAUGAGCGAGGAGAAUGGCGCCAUCAUCGUGCCCGUGUACACAAACCUGGGCUCCCGACACAACUCCUACACCUCUCACACCUCCCGCAUAUCCUACACCUCUCACGGCGACCUGCUCAACGGCAAGCCGCUCACCACCAAAGAGUCGCAGCUGCGAUCCAGAUCCCGGAACAUGGCCGCCUCCCAGGUCCCAGAGCUGGACAAUAAACACAUGCUGCAGAUGCUUCCGCUCAAACUGGAGGGUGAAGCUCUCACAAAGAAAGAGGACGAGGUCAUUGAUAACAUCAUUCGUGAAAUAUUUGGACCUGAUAUCAACCUUGAAUAUAUCGACAAAGAUGCAUCCGUACAAGGCACACCGCUAGCAAGAUCCAAAGAAAACGUUGUAGACUCGUCAAUGGAUCCGGAUGAGGUGUUGGCGCUCAAGCACAAGAACCAAGAUUCUAACCCCUUCAUCGACCCUAUCCAGACGCACACCGUCGUUGACAUGAGAGAUGUGAUGGUGCUAAAUGACAUCAUCGAGCAAGCAGCAGCACACGCGGGUAGACAGAGCCGAGCCAGUGACCAUGGUGUUUCCAUCUAUUAUUUCUCCGCAGAAGAGGAGGAAGAAUCCUUUAAGGAAAGAGUGAAGAAAAAACUAAUAAAGUAUUUGCUGAAAUGCAUCGACAUCUUCUGUGUUUGGGACUGUUGCUGGGCGUGGAUCAAGUUUGCAAAGUUUGUUGAGUUAAUAGUAUUCGAUCCUUUUAUGGAGCUGUUCAUCACUCUGUGUAUCGUCAUCAAUACGCUCUUCAUGGCCUUGGAUCACUACGGCAUGAAGGACGGCUUCGCCAACUUCCUGCAAAUGGGAAAUUAUUUCUUCACGGCCACUUUCAGCAUCGAGUGCUUCCUCAAAAUCAUCGCAAUGAACCCCAAGUACUACCUACAAGAAGGGUGGAACAUUUUUGACUUCAUCAUCGUGUUCCUGUCUCUGCUAGAGCUGGGCCUCGCCAACGUCUCUGGUCUCUCCGUCCUGAGGUCCUUCCGACUGUUGCGAGUGUUCAAGCUAGCCAAGUCGUGGCCGACCCUUAACCUGCUGAUCUCCAUCAUGGGUAAGACGGUGGGCGCCCUGGGUAACCUGACCUUCGUCUUAUGUAUCAUCAUCUUCAUCUUCGCCGUUAUGGGCAUGCAACUCUUCGGCAAGAACUACACAGAAAACGUCAGCCGGUUUCCAGAGAACCCUGAUGGAAGACUCCCUCGGUGGAACUUCACAGACUUUAUGCACUCCUUCAUGAUUGUGUUUCGCGUAUUGUGUGGCGAGUGGAUUGAGAGUAUGUGGGACUGCAUGGUGGUUUGCGACUGGUCAUGUAUCCCAUUCUUCAUGGCAACUGUCAUCAUCGGUAACCUGGUGGUGCUGAACCUGUUCUUAGCUCUGCUUCUGAGCAGUUUCGGUGCCUCCAACCUGUCGGCUCCCCAUAGCGACGGAGAAACUAACAAGCUGUCCGAGGCCUUUGAUCGUAUCGGUCGCUUCAAAGCUUGGGUCAAGCGUUGUGUCCUCAACGGCCUCAAGUUCGUCCGUGCCAACCUCACCAACCAGAUCAGUGACCAAACACCAGUGUUGACACGGCGUCUUACAGACCCUCGGGAUGUGGAGCCAGACGAUAUUAUGAUGGACGGCCAAACGGGCAACAAAAAACUCCCCAAGGACCACACACAAGUUGACAUCCCCUUGGACGGUUACGACCUUGUAGAUGGCAAGAUGAAAAACAACUCGGUGAUCAACAACAGUAAACAUAUCGGAAACUCCAUCACCAAGGACAACCGCGACGCGAUCAUCGAGAACGACUACAGCAACAAGAAGGUUCGCUUGGAGGAAGACGCCGUGAGCAACAACUCUCUGGGCUCUCACAAGAACCGUAAGCUGAAGAGCGACAGCGGCAGCCACAAGGGUUCCUCGGAGUCCCUCGACGACGGCGAGGAGAAGAAAGAUGCGAGUAAGGAGGACCUGGAGGAUGGUAUGCUACUUGAUGUUUACGAUGGUUCCAGUGGAGACGAGGAUAUGAUGGAAGACGUGGAGCGAGACCCUGGUCCCAUGAUGGACACCGGAAGUGAUGUAAUCUUAGAUUAUCCCUCAGACUGUUUCAAAGAAGCCUGUUAUGUCAAGUGUCCUAUGUGUGCGGGUGACCCCUCCUCUCCAUUUUGGCAAGGCUGGGGCCAUUUACGGCUGAAGACUUACCAACUGAUUGAGAACAAAUAUUUUGAGACAGCCGUCAUCACCAUGAUCCUUCUGUCAUCUCUGGCCCUGGCCCUUGAAGACGUCUACCUGAAGGGUCGGCCAGUUCUCCAAGACGUACUCUACUAUAUGGACAGGAUCUUUACUGUUAUCUUCUUCAUUGAGAUGUUGAUUAAGUGGGUAGCACUCGGCUUCGCCAAAUACUUUACCAACGCCUGGUGUUGGCUCGACUUUCUGAUUGUGAUGGUGUCCUUGAUUAACCUUGUGGCAACCCUGGCUGGAGCAGGCAAAAUUCAGGCUUUCAAAACGAUGAGAACGCUGCGCGCUCUGCGACCCCUGAGGGCCCUGUCCCGUAUGCAAGGCAUGAGGGUGGUGGUGAACGCCCUGGUUGGAGCCAUCCCAUCCAUCGUCAACGUGCUUCUUGUCUGUUUAAUCUUCUGGCUGAUUUUUGCCAUCAUGGGUGUGCAACUCUUCAACGGCAAAUACCACAAAUGUAUUGAUGAUGACGGACUACGGGUCAACGCUGAAGAAGUUCCGAACAAAGACAAGUGCAUAGCCGACAACUUGACGUGGGAGAACAGCGAGGUGCACUUCGAUCACGUUGGCAUGGCUUACCUUGCCCUCUUCCAGGUCGCAACUUGGAAAGGAUGGAUCCAAAUCAUGAACGACGCUAUCGACUCUACUCAGUUGGAAGCGCAACCCAUGCGAGAAGUCAACCUGAACAUGUACCUCUACUUCGUCUUCUUCAUCAUCUUCGGUUCAUUCUUCACUCUCAACCUCUUCAUUGGUGUCAUCAUCGACAACUUCAAUGAACAGAAAAAGAAGGCUGGAGGAUCACUCGAGAUGUUUAUGACAGACGACCAGAAGAAAUACUACAAUGCCAUGAAGAAAAUGGGAAGCAAGAAACCGCUGAAGGCCAUCCCACGGCCACAGUUCCGCCCACAAGCCGUGGUGUUCGAGAUAGUGACUAACAAGAAGUUCGACAUGAUCAUCAUGAUUUUCAUCGGUAUGAACAUGCUCACCAUGACAAUGGAUCACUAUCGAAUGUCAGAAGAGUGGAAAACAGUGUUGAACUACAUGAAUCUCAUCUUUAUCUGUAUCUUCACGUCGGAGUGUGUGCUCAAGGUUUUCGCACUCAGAUGGCACUACUUCAAGGAGCCUUGGAACCUCUUCGACUUUGUGGUGGUCAUCAUGUCUAUUCUGGGCUUGGUGCUGAAGGACAUCAUCGAAAAGUACUUCGUAUCGCCAACAUUGCUUCGUGUGGUUCGAGUGGCGAAGGUGGGCAGAGUCCUGCGUCUGGUGAAAGGCGCCAAAGGCAUCAGAACACUCCUCUUCGCCCUUGCCAUGUCCCUCCCUGCUCUCUUCAAUAUCUGCCUCUUGCUUUUCCUCGUUAUGUUCAUCUUUGCAAUCUUCGGUAUGUCUUUCUUCAUGAAUGUAAAACACACUGGCGGUCUGGACUCCGUGUACAACUUCGAGACAUGCUUCAAGUCUUUCAUCUUGCUGUUUCAAAUGAUGACGUCUGCCGGGUGGGAUAGUGUGCUUUCUGGCAUUGUUAAUGAAAAAGAGUGUAAACCACCAGAUCCCGAGAUCGGCUACCCUGGCAACUGUGGCAGCCAGGCUAUUGGCAUCGCUUAUCUUCUAGGCUAUCUUGUCAUCAGCUUCCUCAUCGUCAUCAACAUGUACAUCGCUGUCAUCUUAGAAAAUUACUCCCAAGCAACGGAAGACGUGGAAGAGGGUUUAACUGACGACGAUUACGACAUGUACUACGAGAUAUGGCAACAGUUUGACCCUAAAGGAACACAGUACAUUGAAUUCCACACGCUGUCUGACUUUCUGGAUGUACUAGAGGCGCCUCUUCAGAUUCACAAGCCAAAUAAGUACAAAAUUGUGUCAAUGGACAUUCCGAUUUGUAAAGGAGACCUUGUGUAUUGCGUGGAUGUUCUGGAUGCGCUCACCAAGGAUUUCUUCGCGCGCAAGGGUAACCCAGUGGAGGAAUCAGCAGACAUAGGUGAAGUAGCUCCUGCUCCUGAUAGGCCAGGGUAUGAACCUGUGUCAUCCACGCUAUGGCGUCAACGAGAAGAGUAUUGUGCGCGACUCAUCCAGCAGGCGUGGCGCAAACACCGUCAGCACAAGGAUCAGUCAUCUCUUUCCGGUGCCGAGUCCCAGGAAGAACUGAAGCAAGCAGACACUGCCGUCUUGGUGGAGAGUGAUGGUUACGUCACAAAAAACGGCCAUAAGGUGGUGAUUCACUCGCGAUCACCAUCAGUGACGUCACGGUCCACUGACGUGUGACUAACGAAGGCGAGUAAAUGAAGUUGUUGCUGCUUUUUAACUACACGGGCCGGUUGUUAAUUAACACAUGGCUCUGUUAACUCCCACAUGGCUCUGGUAUCAAGUACCACAGGAGCCGGUCGUUAACAAGCAAAUAACGUCGUCAGUGUGGGGCUGCUGUCGCUACCACCGGCUUUGGUUGGGCCACUCCUGCUCGGGAACACCGCACUCUUAAUGCCUUGUUGUUUAAGUUUACAGUCCAACUGUCCUCAGCUUCCCGACCCACGAGUGCCGCGCCCUCUGUGCAGAGAUUAUUGGCCUAAGUGAUUCACCAUAUGUUUAUUUUUGUAUUUCAUUUUCUAAAUGGUUACUGGGCCAUUGCUUACCCGACUUGGUACUGACGCUCGGCUCAAGUGAGGCUGGGUGCGCCUGGUCCUCAUAACUUUCACUUGUUAGUUGGCGUGGAGGUGAUGUGGAGCCUGAUGACACUGCUGCCCCCACCCGCCCAUAGCCGCCCACCCGCCCAUGGCCGCCCACACACGCCCACGCUCACAGUAUUGUUAACACCCGGUGUAUGAAGCACCGACAACACCUCUUCCCUUCCCAGAGGACGGCCUAGGCGAGACUGCGUGCCAAGCCAUAAACAGACAACGGCUGCCGUAGACGCCUCAGUAAUCGCACUGUGGCACAGGGUGCAGCAGGAGUAAGCGGGCUACGCUAAGGCAGCGACCAUGGCAGCCCAGGCGGGCGGAGUGCAGUGUCGCAGGUAAUAUGGAGAGGAACCCUUGUUAUGUGCAUAUCCCACCAACAACAAUACGAGUUCUCAACAAGUAUUAAAGGAAACUUCUAACUGCAUAAUUAUUACCCUCACAUAAACUGUGUGUGAUACACAAAUGCCUUUACCCGAGUGCAAGCUGUGCAUAAUGCAAGUAGCGAAGUGCACAAUAAGGUAGAACUUGUAUUGUUAGCCUUCGUGUUUGCGGACAGCGCGCCACCCGGCCCCUGUGCCGCUCCACCUUGUCUCCGCAGGCAACCCUUCCCAAAGAUUAGCUAACACCUUACCUUUACUUCCUUUCAUCCAUUCCUCCUUCUCGUCGCUGUUCACCCUGUCAAUCGAUUCCCUCAUUUCUUGAUCUUGCUUGCCCUUUUUGUUUUACUGGUCACAAAUCCUUUUUCCUUGCUAUCUAUCACAUAAUUAUAUACUUUCAGUUUUCUAUGCUACACUCUUCUCUUAUUCCCUCUCAUCCUUCAAGCCUCGCCUCCGGCUGGGCCGGGGGGGCGCGCAUCCCCCUGUUAUUGCCGCAGAACUUUCCACUAACUCUUAACUGUAGGAUGUAUUCAUUCGUUACACUCUUUUAUAAGCUUUAAUACUCUUACUUGAUAUGUGAAAUUACAGUGAGCUAGGGAAAAGCCAGGCCGGAGCCGAGCAUGUGUCUCUACCUUUUGCGUGGAACCACCAUUCCAUUCACACUGAUGCUCCUGUCCAACCUAACCAUGCAUAGGCUGGCUCAGUAUGCUUCACAGUGGCUGUUUGUUCUGUACUAAACAUUAGCUACCUAAUCGUUAGGUUCUUGUGUUUUUCUCCUGUGGCAUUACAAAAAUCCGUUGGUCAUGUCGAGGUCCAUACACUGUGGCAUCCACUAUAUUACCCUGAUGCCAACCCUUCCCUUUGGCGUUAUCUGCCCGUUGAGGCACCGUCCUUGCCUCUUAGCAUCACCUCCCUACCCCCAACUCCACUUCUGCGGCUGAUUCUCAAUAAAGUCUCUCCCUGGCCACCUGACCUGCCUUUGACACAAAAUGUACUCGGAAAUUACCACAAGGCGCCGUAUCAGGCCUGCCAAAGUUCAUUAGUGUAAUUGCUCAUUUCCCAUUUAUUCCUGAGACACAUAUUGGCCCGUCCUUCCCCACACUAAUGGGAUGUCUCACCACCACAACCAAGUGUCUCCUGGGAUGUGGCCUUACUAACUACCAUCCUACAUUUCUAUGCCUAAAAAAUCAGUUACAUCAUUAGUUAUUCGGUAACAUAUCUUUUACCAGUAUAAUAAUCACUAUAAAUCGGUUUUAUUUUCUCAGUUUAUUUAAUUUUAUCUUUAUAUAUUUUGAUUUUGUGGAACGAAGGUCUAGAUGGCGAUGUAGGCAAUGCUAGGAGUGUUCAUCUCCCUCUUCCCCAAGCGGAGAGGACCUCCCAAGACGCCACCUCCAUCACACACUAACCUCAAACUUCCAUCCCAAUCUUUUAGUAAUUCUCGUCAACUAAUAAUUCCUUGUGUAUUAAUCCUCGGUAUAAGUUAUGUCAUUUGCUGAUAUCAUUGUAAACUUACUCACACACUAUCGUCAUUGAUCUUACAAACACCAGUGAUCUUUCUGUGCUUCGCUGUGAACAACAGCCACACUUUUUCCUUCCAUCAGAUUUUUCUUUCUCAUCCUUUCAGCUACUUGACUAUUGCAGCCCUUCCUUUACAUCAUCUCUGCCACACCCAACCUCCCAUUCUUGUCACCUUCCUGUCCUUAAUCAUUCUUUGCCGCAUGCUAACCAUUAAUGCUUCCUCUCUUCUUAUCCUAUUCAGCCAGCCUCGUCCCUCCCUUACAACCCUACUCUUCCGCUUCCAAUAACUUACCCCAGUCCUCUUCAUGACUUCGGUUUAGGCCCUGCCACCUCACCUCCCCACCCCUCCCUUCCCUUCCCUUACCCCCCUUCCCCCUCUCCUGCCUUCGCUUCCCCUCCCCCUCUCUUCCCCUCCCUUCCCCUCUCCACACUCCCUGGCUAAUGCAGGUCUCCUUGUCUUGACUUAGCCAACCCCACCCCACUACCCCGCCCUCCCCUAGCGCCCCAAUUUUCGGGGCGCAGGACACAGCUCAGCUCAACACUGGUCCCGUUGACUGGAGCUCUACCAAGCUUCAGGUCACAGUAAAUAUCGUUGCCGCGUUGUUUGCCCCUUGAGACUGGGUUGUCUGAGUCUUGAUGGCCUUAACUAUCUAGUGUAAUCGGUAUGGAUCUUUUCUUGCACAAUAUUCUGUGUCAACACGCCAUUAUUUAUGAAAUAAUUACUUAUGAGUACAUGACAGAAAUAGAUAUUGAAUGAUUAUUCUGUGCAUAAUGAAUAAUAAAAAAAUAUAUUAUAUGUAUGAUCAUAAGAAAAGGAAACUAAGAUAUAAGAAAUGCCAUUUGCAUGAGAAACUAGUGAACACGAACAGGAGGUGAGGAUAUAGUGAAUGAUGCGGGGACGUUAGUGCGGCGGGGGAACUAGUACCCAGGAGCGCGGGUGAGCCUCAGUCCGAAACGUCCUCUUCCCCAUUGGUGACGUCACACGACCCUGCCGCCGCCCGCCCGCCCGCCCGCCCGCCCGCCGUGCCGCGCCCACCGCCGCUGCCGACGGCCACCCGCCUCCUUCACAGAGCACCAAAGCAGCAGCUCAGCACCAGCCGGUUGUCGAUCAUGUGGUGGGUGUCAGGCUCCCUGUCGCUCAAUGCCUACCUCUCUUGUGUUGAAAAUCGUUAUUAUUCUGUAUCUAGAUCUCUCGCAGAGUUUAUUUCAUUGGUCCAAAACUCUGUUACACUUCAUAACCAUGUAGCAUAGGAAUAUUGUUGAAAAUUUUGCAAUGGGACUUUUAUCUGAGUGAUCGGAAAUUAAAAUGGAAUUCUCUCCUCCCAUAGUAAUACUCCAGGCUUGACUGUGCUGGCACGAGGGGGCACGGUGCCAUCGGGGCAGCCAAUCAGCGAGCGACUCUAUUUCCCUCCAGGGCGACGCGCCGCCCCUUGUUCGUAGCUAGGUGAUGGUAGGGCAGAGGAGGCCCACCGCCCGGGCUGCACAACUCACUUUUGUCCACCGCAACACCGCUCCGUCCCCACCGGCACCCUGCCCUCUCCACCAUACAACAACGGCUUGUAACUGCAGACACUAACUUUUAAGAGACAGUGCUGUGAAACUCCUUCAGAUUUGUACACUUCUUAGUUUGUAAGGUGGAGUGCCCCACCGGAGGCGACGCCAGUACCGCACCGCUCUCUACACUACAAUGCUACGCUGCUGCCGGUGGAACACUCACUACCACCCGGUUUGACCUUCUCUUGGUUUGGAUCAUCCUCUUGUGAUACCAAUUCUGUAAUAUUCAAAUUGUUAUAUUCUUAAUAAGCAGAUUUGUUUUGUAUUCAGAUGUCUGCGAUGAAAUGUAUUGGUUUAAUGCUACUCCCCUUUUUGUAAGUUUGAACCCACGGAAAGCAAGGGAAGGCGCGCCAGAGAUGGAGGCAACAACCCCAACUGCACCAGUCUUCCCCGGGUGCCCUUGGGGUGUCACCAUCUCUGCUUUGCACCUCAAUCUGAUCUAAGCACAUGUUGCCUUUCUUCCAUCCUUCCACUCAACGCUCUAAAAGUUUAAUAAUCGUAAAAAUCACCUUCACUCCAGUUUCCCUUACUUCCCGUAAAUACCAACAGACAACGACCAGGCGAUAUGUUGCAGCUUAAUCUUGUGGUUUGCGGAGAUGAAUUGAAGUAGCUCUUCUCUAAACAAACAACAGACCUGUCUCCCUAAUAAAAAAAUAAAAAAUUAAAUUACACCAACAACACCGGCCAGUGUGGUAGAUAACGGCUUCCCUGGUGUAAGGGUCCUGAAUGACAAGGGAUCGGUCUCAUAUAAGGGAUAGUAAUAUAUUAAGCAUAAUGUAUGUAAGGGAAGUGUGUGUUAAGGAUUACAUCCGUGCAAGAUUUACCCUCGAUCAUUUAUGUGUGAGAGUUAAACAUGGGUCUUCUAAGAGGGAGAGAAGCUGAAUACACAUCAUGUUCGUGUGAAGAAAAUGAAUGCAGGGAAAAUAAGUCACCAUGGAUCAUGAACGAGGGAGCAUAGGGUAUCAACUUGAUAUAAUAAUGUGGAUAUAUAGCCUACUAUGGAUUGUGUAGUAACAACAAAAGUAAGAUUUAUUUAUUUUUUUAGAACCAUCUAUGUGGGUCACUAAGGUUUGCGGUGUUGUAAUUGGCAGAGUAGUUAACAAAUUUUCUGGUCAUUACGUGGGAGUAAGGAAUUAAAUAAUACGAGGGUGGUGUAAAUAGGAGAGGAGAGAAUCGUAUGCUUAUGUGUGGUAAGACUCAGAAGAUUAAACAAGAGGCGAAACAUGCAUUUGUAUGUAGUCAUGUACUUGAUAAAAGAAAAUUUAAAAGUAAGAAAUGUUUGGGAUUACAACCUAAGGUGUGGGAGCAGAAAAGUUAUAGGCGUAGGUGGUAUUGUGAAUAAGAUCCAUUGAUGUAGGUGGAUGAUCCAUAGAUGUUGAAGGCAAAAUAAUAUUCAUAGGUUUAGGUCAGAAAAUAAGAGAGAUUUAUGGGUGCAGGUGGUAAAUUAAAAAAACAAUUAUGCAACCCAGAGAAGAAAUAGCCAUUUUGUUUUUUGUAGGUGUAAAUUAGUCAAAAUGUAAUAGAAGAAUCAGAGAAGAAUUUUACAGAGGCAGAGAUAAAACUAUGUAUGUCUAUUCGAGAAACAAGUGGAUAUUUAUAAUUCAUCAAUAAUAUACAGGUCGCAGUAAAAGCAGUCGCACACAGCUGAAAAAAUGAUGAGAAAGUUGCGUGAAUGAAACAACUGGAAAAGGCGGGGAAAGGUAGUUUCGAUACACCGUAGGAGAGAAUGGACUACAGACGUUUUGCGUAGAUGUUUUGAGAAAGUAGCCUUAGAUUUAUUUGCCUAAAAUAUUACCUCACGAAUAUAGCAACUAAAAGACUUAGUAUUAGCAAGCUGAAGACGCGACACAUAGCUCCAUGAAAUAUAUAUAAUAGCCAGAUAAAAACGAACCACGUAACUCUAAAAGUAUUAGUUCGUUGAUUGUUAUGAAUUAAUUCCAGGAAAAUUGUAUUAGCUUGCUGGAACUGAACCACAUAAAGCAAAAACAAACCACGUGAAUCUGAACCGCCUAGUUCUAAGAGAAGAGAUCACUAGUAGAGAGAUAUCGGCGAGAUCCAUUUAAGCAAAAAGUGAGAGAUGGUAUUCCAAUUCGGUGUUGAGGAACGUCGCAACUGUCGGACCCGAGCUAUCCCUUGAAGCUGGCUCUCCUUCCCUCGCCCACCCUUACCUUCACCCUCUCGGGCAGGUCUAGCAGGAGGGGAGGGGGAGACAGCUUACUCGACAGUUCAUGAUUGCUUUAUAUAUAUAUAUAUAUAUAUAUAUAUAUAUAUAUAUAUAUAUAUAUAUAUAUAUAUAUAUAUAUAUAUAUAUAUAUAUAUAUAUAUAUAUGUUUAUUUAAUAUUUUUUUGCGUGGUGGCCGUUUUAGUUUUGUUGAUGAAUUAUGUAUAAUGAAGUGUCCAAUGUGAAGCUGAAACCCGGGACAUUGACUGGCUUGAGCGGCAGGCGCGAUCGUCAUCAGUCCUCCCCGUAGCUCCGCUUCAUGAUCGCUAGUGUAAGCCAGGAUUUAAGCAAAGGGAAAUUUGAAUCCACAAGAAAUCAUUAAGAAUAGUAAAGAAAAA